GCAACAGACAUGCGCAAUGCCUGGACGGUGCUCAAUAAGCAAAGGGAACACCUGGGAUAAAGCAGUGUACGUUGCGUGUGUUGAUGGUAAGGACGCACUCAGACAGCCCCGCUCCUGUGCUAGGUGACGGCGAGCCAGGAUGGCGACGGCGAGGCUGGAGGUGUGGCGGGCGGCGAGGCUGGGGGUGUGGCGGGCGGCGAGGCUGAUGCUGGUGCUGCUCUUCAUGGUCCUCAGCCCAUACCUGCUGCCUCGAGUACUCUUCUACACACAACCCCCGAAACCACAAUUUGCAUCAUUAUCACCUUCAUCACUAAGCCCAUCACCACCACUAACAUUACCAUCAUCAUCACUAACAUCACUUCGACCACAAACAUCGUCAUCAAACUCAUCAUCACCGUCGCCACACAAGACCACGAGACACCACCCAGCCUAUGACAGACUCUGCUACAAGUACCACACAAACCUUCAUGCUGAGAACAUAUGCUGCAGAACAGCCAACUUCAGUGGUUCUGUCAGCAUGAUCCACCAGUGUAUUACCAAGGCCAACGCCCACCCGCUGAAGGUCCUCAGAGGAAAUACCACUAGCACUGGAGGUGUUGAAGUUGCUGGAUAUUAUGCUGCUGAAGGUAGUGAUAAUACUACUGUAGGUGGUGGUAACAUUACUGAAGGUGGUGGUAAUAUUAUUGAAGGUGGUGGUAACGCUACUGAGAGUGGUGGCAGAGGGCCUGCCAGGAGCGAGCACUGGGCUGUGUUUGGCGACUCUCACAUGCGCUACCUUCUGGCCUCUCUCCUCACACGCUUCAGAAGCCCCACCCUCCAGUACCGAUUUGAAGAAAAGGACAAGUGGCUUAGUGCAGCUGUUCUAGAGGCAGAACUUCAUAAGAAAAUAAGAACAAAGAAUAUUGAAGUACGUGACCUGGGAAUUAACUUCCACCUAACCUACUACUGGGAUCCAUUUCUGAAAAUCCUGCCGGAGAAACUGACGGAGUGGGAACAGCAACCUCACCGCUCUCCUACACUCGUCAUAUUAGCUGCGGCGCUGCACUGGAUGCUGGAGACGCAAAGUGUGUACCAGACCUUUGGACCCGAGGCAGCCGUCACCUUGUACAGGAUGCACAUCAGAAGCUUUAAGGACCAGCUCACUCGCCUCGCAGCCAACACCACCAUCGUCUUUAAGCUCCUCGACGACAUAAUGGAAACCAGCAUACCUUACUCAGAGAAAGCCAUCAACACCCAGAGUAACUACCCGCUGUACAACAACGCGGCCAUGGAGGCGCUGUCUGGGACGGGUGUAAUUAUCUGGGACAGCACUGUGCCACUCUCCCGGGCCUACAACGUCCGCUGUAUGACACCACCCCUCCUGCACACUCCACCCUGGCACCACUGGAACUGCCUGGACAAGGCCCAUGUAGGGUACAUCCUCGUGGACCAGUAUGCUGAUAUGAUCAUCAAUGAUUACUGUAACAAAUUCCUAAAUUUGGGCCCAGAAUUUUGUGUCUAGCUUUUGUUCCCCCCUUCUGCUGUUACUUUAUAGCAUCAGAUAGUAUUAAAACGUCUUUUCACAUAUAUUGUUUUUAUUAUUCAAGAUUAUUCUUUUUAGUUAUGUAAUAGAGUGUUUCUUUUACAAGGAUGUAAAAUAUUAAAACAAUCACUUAAGCUUAGAUAAUGAAUUGUGUUCAUAUUUGUUCUUCACUUUGGGAAAUGCUUUAACAAUAUUAGCAAUUAUAAACACUCCUUGGCCAUUUUCUUGGAGUUAAGUGUGAAGUAUCGCUUUUGAUUAACAUAAGUGGUUGCUGAUAACCCCCAGAAUGGUAAUUGGAAAAAAAGAGAAAGAAAAAGAAAAGGAUUUGAGACCCAUACAUUUCUUUCAGUGCUUCUCGAGUGGGAAG